GAUAGCGUUGCAUCAACUGUCAAUUUCUCUCUUGAGCAAAAAACUAUGGAAAAAAGUUCUGACUCAAAGUACAAUCCGUUCGAGCAUCGCAGCACGGAGAACACAAGCUCAACCUUCGGAGCAUUAGCACACAUGGUAAAAUCGAUGCUGGGCGCUGGUCUCUUCGCAAUGCCUCUCGCGAUCAAGCAUUGUGGACUCGUACUGGGCACAAUUCUCGCUCUGUUGAUUACUUUUUUGUGCGGGCAUGGAAUGCAUUUGAUCGUCAAAGUGUCACGAAUCAUGUGCGAGCGAACGAAACAACCGAUGAUGAAUUUUGAACAAACAGUAUUGACAGCUUUUGAGACCUCCAGUACUGAAAAGAUACAAAAAAUGGCAAAAUGGAUGAAAUUGUUCGUUAAUAUCGCUUUAAUUGGAUGUUAUUACGGGAUUUGUUGUGUUUAUAUCGAUAUCAUGGCUUCUUCCUUGAAACAAGAGCUUGACGAGUAUUUAGGAGAUCUCAAUGUUCGAUGGUACAUUCUCAUGUGUGCACUUCCGUUAUCAGUUAUUGGUCAAACUCGAGCUUUGAAGUAUUUGAUACCAUUUUCGACGCUUGGGAAUGUUCUAAUCAUCUCAGUGGCUUUCAUUGUGCUCUAUAAAAUCUUCGGAGGCGAACUUAACUUCGCGGAUAGGAAUUUAGGUCCUCAUGAGUUCAUUUCAGUUCCAUUGUUCUUAAGCAUCGUCGUCUUCGCUCUCGAACCAAUCGGCGUAACUCUCGUGAUCGAAAACGAGAUGAAAACUCCCGCUGAUUUCACAAAAACGUUCGGCGUGAUAAACGUUUCCUGCGUUUUCGUUGGCUUGCUUUACGCUUCUCUUGGAUUUUUUGGAUACGUUCGAUUUGGAGAUGAAGUUCUCUCUUCUGUGACGUUAAAUCUUGCUGCAGGUUCAGGAACUUCAAUAACCGUUCAAGUUAUGAUGAUAAUUUGUGUUUAUAUUUCCUUUGGAUUGAAUUUUUAUGUUGCCACGAAGGCUGUUUGGGUUUACAUUGAUGACGAAACAAGUCCGUUGCUUGAGACGAUCAUCAGAUUUUGGCUUGUGAUGGCUUGCGUUGGAUUGGCGCUCGUUAUUCCGAAUAUUGGAUCGUUUAUUGGACUUGUUGGAUCACUUUUCCUUGCUUCAUUGGGUUUUAUAAUUCCCGCAGUGGUGAACAGUGUGACGUUAUGGCCUGAUGAACUUGGAAAAGGGAAUUGGGUUUUGGUGAAGGAUUGUUUUGUAGCAUUUUUUGGAGUGAUUGCCCUUGUGUCGGGGACAUUUUCGAAUUUGGCGGAAAUUAUUGAAAUGUAUACGAAAUAAAGUUAAUU